AUGCAAACCCUUUCACGUAUUCGAUUGACGCCCUUCGUCGCGCAAGCACGGCUAUGCGCGCGUCCUGGCCUCCGACCACUUCUUCCCUCCAAUGCCUUCACCCGCCUCGCAACGACCGCCGCAAACACUCGAAGACUUGACCUCCCCGCAUUAGACAAGAAAUGGCAGGCAAAAUGGAAAACAGACGGCGAAUCCCCCCGUCCGACCGACCAAGGGACCGAGUCGAAGCCGAAGUCCUAUAUCCUAUCGAUGUUUCCAUACCCCUCCGGCACGCUGCACAUGGGCCAUCUGCGCGUAUAUACGAUCUCCGAUGUUUUAUCCCGAUUCUACAAGAUGCGCGGGCAUGACGUGCUGCACCCGAUGGGGUGGGAUGCAUUCGGACUACCAGCGGAGAACGCAGCGAUAGAGCGCGGCGUGGAUCCAGCGGAGUGGACGGAGCAGAAUAUUGCCAAGAUGAAAGAGCAGUUGCGGAGUAUCUCUACUUCAUUCGACUGGGAUAGAGAAGUGGCUACUUGUGCGCCGGAGUUCUAUGAGCAUACCCAGCGCAUCUUCUUGAUGUUAUAUGAGAAAGGAUUAGCUUACCAGGCGGAAGCGCUAGUCAAUUAUGAUCCUGUUGACAAGACCGUACUGGCGAAUGAGCAGGUCGAUGCCAAUGGCUUCUCGUGGCGAUCUGGGGCUAAAGUGGAAAAGUUGAAUCUGAAACAGUGGUUCUUCCGAAUCACGGAUUUCAAGGAAAUGCUGCUGAAGGAUCUGGACUCGCUUGCCGGCGGCUGGCCCGACCGUGUGUUGUCUAUGCAGCGGAAUUGGAUUGGAAGGUCCGAAGGUGCCAAGGUUACAUUCCCUGUGACUAUUGACGGACAGGACGGCGAAGUCAACGUGGAUGUGUUCACGACACGUCCAGACACUUUGUAUGGUGUCGAAUACCUCGCGCUCUCGCUUAACCACCCCAUCGUUUUGAAGGCCGCAGAGAAGGAUAGCGCACUUCGUUCGUUCCUGGACGAGGCUUCAUCGCUCCCGGAGGACUCGAAAGCAGGCUACCGCCUCAAUGGCAUUACGGCAUCUCAUCCUUUGCGAAAGAUCGACAAUGAAAGCCCGCAUGUGCAGAGGAGUCUACCCAUCUUUGUGGCGCCUUAUGUCUUGAGUGAUUACGGAGAAGGAGCAGUCAUGGGUGUUCCGGGUCACGACGCGAGAGAUAUCAUGUUCUUCAAAGAGAACGUGAAGCCCGAGACCAUCUCUCUCGUUAUUGGUGAAAAUGCAACAUCCGACACGCUUGUUCCUGCUCAAGAUGCAAAGGCUUUUACUCAAGACGGUGUCCUCACUUCGCAUUGCUGGAAGUACCAAGGGCUACACUCUAAGGAGGCAGCGAAGCAGAUUGUCACCGAUCUCAAGCAAGUGGGACAAGCCGACUUUAAGGAAACUUGGCGACUGCGAGACUGGCUGAUCAGCCGGCAACGAUACUGGGGUGCGCCCAUUCCCAUCAUCCACUGUGGUGAUUGUGGCCCUGUUCCUGUACCUGCAAAGGACCUUCCGGUGAAAUUGCCAAAGAUCCAAGGCGAAUGGCUGAAGGCCAAAAAGGGAAACCCUCUUGAAUCGUCUGAAGAGUGGCUUCACACCAACUGCCCCAGCUGUGGUGGCCCAGCGCGCCGCGAUACAGAUACCAUGGAUACCUUUGUGGAUUCAUCCUGGUACUACCUGCGCUUCUUAGAUUCUAAAAACAAAGAUUCUCCAUUCUCGCCGUCUGUCGCACGACCAGUGAACGUAUACAUUGGCGGUGUUGAACAUGCCAUCCUUCACCUGCUGUACGCUCGGUUCAUCUACAAGUUCCUGUCUCAGUCAGAGCUGUUCCCGGCCAUUGCGCAUGUUGAUGAGUCUGCUGCACCGGCAGAGCCUUUCAAGACCCUUCUGUCCCAAGGCAUGGUGCACGGCAAGACAUUUACAGAGCCGCUCACCGGUCGAUUCUUGCUCCCAUCGGAAGUGGAUCUCACCAGCCCCGAUAAACCAUUAAUUACGGGAACUCAAGUCGCUCCCAAUGUAUCUUAUGAGAAGAUGUCGAAGAGCAAGUACAACGGCGUGGACCCGACCGAGUGCGCAACGAAAUACGGCGCCGACGCUACUCGUGCACACGUUCUCUUCUCUGCGCCUGUCAGCGAAGUGCUUGAGUGGGACGAGGCCAAGAUUGUUGGUGUUGAGCGGUGGUUCGGGCGGCUGUGGAAGCUCGUCCUAGACGCCCAGCAGCAACUGGCCGAGUCCUCGUUGGCAGUCUCUGCGACCGACUUGGAUUCUCCAGGCCAUGCAGUCUCUCUCCCAUCUUCCUUGGAGGAAUUGACUGGCUCCGACGCAGAUGCAGUCUUGGCUACUCACAACACCAUCUCAUCCGUCACAACUUGCAUCGAGAGCAACCCCUACGGUUUAAAUACCGUCAUCUCGGACCUGACGAAACUGACCAACGCCCUGUCAUCCGCUCCACCCUCUUCACCUCUUGUAUACUACCUCUGCGUCUCCGCUCUUCUCCGCCUCCUUUCACCCAUCGCCCCCGCAUUAGCCUCCGAGUCGUGGGAAGUGCUGCACGAGCCCUUAAUCAAGGACUCCGAUUCCGUUCGAUCCAUCUUAUCCUCGCCCUGGCCGACAAAUCUCCUCACCCCCGAGCAAGCCGAGGUUCUCGCUGCCCGCGGCGGUCAAACAGUAGCCGUGCAAAUCAACGGAAAGCUGCGCUGCGCCGUCACCAUUCCCCGCAUGAUGUCUCCAACCACCACCUCCCCCCAGGGCAAGGGCCCCUCCCAAGAGGAACAGGACUGGAUCAUCAGCCGGGUCUUGGAGACGGCCGAGGGCAAGCUGUGGCUUCGCGAGAAAAACGACUGGGAAAAGAGACGACGGGUCAUCGUUGUCAAGGGUGGUAAAUUGGUGAAUGUGGUUUUCUGA